AUGGAAAUCAAUAUUUGUCUUUUAGAUUCCAUUGUAUGUGUAAUCGAAUCGCAGGAAAAGCUAUUUAAACAUCAUUCAUUAGAAACCAAUAAUUUAUCAUAUAAUCUUAUAAUGGAUAAACAAUAUUUUGAUUCUGAACGCGGUCGUAGAAGACGUGGUAAAGCUAAUAAUGAUCGUCGUCGUGAUGGAGAUAGAGGUCAACAAUCCCAAAGACCACCACCACCUAAUAUUCCAGAAAUUAAAAAAGCACAACAUGAGGCGACCAUGGAAAAUUUUCGUUCCUCCGAAUUAACAUAUAAAGGUAGUGAUCGAAUAAUCACCAUACCCAAUGGAGAUCUGAUUAAGUUCAUAUGGAAAAAAAUCUUAAAAAAAGAUAAAGAACCCUUGAAUCAGAGUAAUAUUAGAAUUUUCAUUAGUUCAGCAUUGGUUGCAACGAGUUAUCAAUCUGGUUAUGAGGUUGAUGAAUUGGUAUCAGAAUUAGGUGAUCCUAAUGGUGGACUUAAGAUGUUAAGAGAAAUCAUAAAUUUUCCUUCAAUGUCAUGCGAUGCGGGACUUAAUCAAGGUGUAUUAUCCUUCCAAUAUGUCAUAUUACCUUUAUUGGGAUUAUUAACGAGAACCUCAAUUACCGAAUGUAUUUUGGAAAAGUACGUUCAUGCCAUCUUUAUGGUCGUUUACACUAAUCUUGACUAUUUUCUUUAUGAUAAUGUAAUGAAAAUGUUGGGAACUUUGGUACAACGUAAUUCUGUUAUUGACUAUCAAGUUAGCGUAGAAUUAUUAUUGAGACACGAACGAUAUUCAUUUAUCCCAACUUCUUUGGGAAUAUUCUUCAUAAUCAUCGUACGACUACUCACUGUGUUAUUACGUCGCAUCAAAGAAGCAUCAAUCAAUGAAACCAUGCACAAAAUUGCGCAAGAUCUGCACGAUCUAAAGACCACAUAUCAACAAUCUAUUCAACAACAACAACCGUCUGCCACCUCAACUGACCCGUUAAUCAAUAAUCUUGAAACAAGAAAUUAUUUUUUCAUGAUAUUAGAUAAAGAAAUGAAUAUCAUGAGCAAGUUAUUAAAUAAUGGACGCGUUAGUUUAAUUGAUGAACAAAAUCCGAAUAAAAAGGAAUUAAUCUCAAAAUUAACAUCAUUACGUUAUAAUGAAAUGGCCAGGAAAUCUGAUAUGGAAAGAAUUUAUGAUCCGCCUGGCGGACUAUCAAAGUAUGGCAAAAGGCAUAAUAAUGAUUUUGAGGAAAUUUCCAAAAUUUCAAUCAUUCCUACGAUAGAGGAGAUAUUGUGUGAUCGUCCUCCUUUUUUACCGUUUUCACUUCCUGAUGCACCGCAUUUUCUGCCUGAUGGUGCAGCUAAAUUACUUGAUACACAAUUUCGUUUAUUAAGGGAAGACAUGUUAAAUUUCAUUCGUGGUAGCGUAUCGAAUUUAUUAACCGCAUUAUCACGAAGUUUAAAACCUUCUCUUAAAAAUAGUGAAUUUUCAAAAGAAUUAAGGAGGAUCCAAAAAGAAUUUGGUGGUUUACAUGUAUACACCAAUCCACAAUUUAUUGGUAUUACUUGUGAUAAGAAAAAAGGAUUCGUUUACACUUUAAGUUUUACUCCCCCAAAAUGUCGAAAUUCACAUCAUGAACGAGACAGGCAAGCAUUUUGGGUAAAGAGUAAAAGGUUAUUAACUGGUAGUUUGGUUACUUUAUUAUUACCGAAUCCAUAUGCCAAGUAUUCGGUUUACUUUGGAGUGGUUGCAACAAGAGAUGAAAACGAUUUGGCCAGGGACCCCGAAUAUUCUUAUAUUGGUAUUAACUUUGUUGAUCUAUCAAUUUAUCCUAUCGCGUUGGAUGAGAUUUCAAAUCCUCAUAAAGUAACCGAAAAUUCACUAGAACAAAGAUUUAUGGUUGAAUCGACCGUUGAACCGCCAAUGUAUGCAAGGGCACCUGAUUUUGAAUUUGACUUGUCAGUUAUAUGUAAUAAAAAGCGAAAUUUAAAAUUAAAUGUUGCCAAUACAAGCGGUUAUGAUGAAGUGGCGAAAAAGAUUAACGAUCAUAGUAAAUUAGAUGAAACUCAAGCGAAAGCGUUAAUCUCCGCUUUAACACGCGAGAUUGCAUUAAUUGAAGGUCCGCCCGGAACUGGAAAAACUGUAGUUGGGGUUGAAAUCAUGAAAGUGUUAUUGGCAAAAGAAAAUCGAAAAACAAAUCUUGGUCCCAUCCUCACCAUUUGCUUUACCAAUCACGCACUCGAUCAAUUCUUGGAGCAUUUACUUGACGUCAACAUAAAAAAUAUCGUUAGGUUAGGUUCUCGGACAAAAUCUGAACGAAUUAAGGCAUAUAAUAUAGAAGAGGUCUGUAGAAACAUUCCUUUUGGUAAAAACGGAUAUGAUUUACGUAAAUCAUUAAAUGAAAUCGAAAGUCGCGUAAAGGAGAUUGGCAAUAAUUUUUCAAAAAGCUGGUUAAAAUGGAAUGACGUAUCAAAAUAUUUAAUGACCAAAGAACCGAAUUUUUAUAAUAAAUUUGAACGUGUCUCUAAUGAGGAUUUGCCAAGUUGGGUUUUGGGGACUUAUAGCGGUGAAGAAGAAUUUUUUAAGCCUGCUAAUAAUAAAUCUGAAAAUUUUCCCAUAUUUGAGAAAUGGGUAAGGGGGAAAGAUUUUGAAGUAAUUAAGACGAGAAAGUAUAUUUUGCUAAAUCCACAACAGAAGGAUCAGAAGCCAAAGGAAAAGUCACCUAGUAGAAGAAACAAGUUUGAAAUGUUACAGGAAGAAGAAAAUAAUGCGAACACAAGUGAUGAUGAUGAAUCAGAAACCGACCAUGACACAAUAAAUUGGAUUCUAAAUUACAAAGAACCUGAAACAGAUCGACCUUUGGAAUCAUUAUUAAAUUUAGAUUCUAUUUGGGAAAUGUCAAGGUUGGAACGAAAAACACUUCAUGAUUAUUGGCGUACAAAAGUUAAUCAGGAAUUCAUAGAAUCUUUAUCAAGGUUACAAAAAAUGUAUGAAAAUAAACGUAAAUUUUGGAGUAACAUGAAUGACGAAGUGCGUCGUCAAGCAUUAUUACGUUGCGAUGUCAUUGGUAUGACCACAAAUGGCGCAGCUAAAUUUCAAAGUUUAAUUUCAAAGGUUAAUCCUAAAGUUAUUAUUUGUGAAGAAGCUGGCGAAGUACUUGAAGCUCAUAUCCUUAGUACAUUGACUUCCGAAACUCAACAGUUAAUAUUGAUCGGAGAUCCAAAUCAACUUCGACCUCAUAUUGCUACUUAUUCUCUUAGUAUGGAUUCAUCUUUAGGAAAAAAUUAUCAAUUAGAUAAGUCAUUAUUUGAAAGGUUAGUUAACGGUGAUAAAGCGACUAAAAUUGAGAAGGUUCAACUUUCAACUCAGAGACGAAUGAGAAAAAAUGAAAUUUCUGAUUUAAUUAGAUAUACACUUUAUCCAAAUUUAGUUGAUGCUGAAAAUACUGCUAAAUAUCCAAAAGUGCGUGGUGCUCAACAUAAUGUUUAUUUCAUUGACCAUCAUCAUCCAGAAGUUAAUCCUGAUGGAGAUUUUGCAGCGCAAUCUCAUGUGAACAUUUAUGAGGUCAAGAUGGUGGUGGAGAUGGUGAAAUAUUUUAUUAAAAAUGGGUAUACUAAACCUGAUGAUAUAGCUGUACUUACCCCCUAUUUGGGACAAAUGAUGAGAAUCAAAGAAGCUUUAUCUGAAUUAUUUGUUGUAGUAUUGGAUGAAAGGGAUGAACAAAAUCUUGCUGAAAUGGAAGAACAAGAAGUUGAUAAUGAUAUCAUUGAGAACGUGAAAGUUUCAGAAAAAUCAUUAUAUCAACAAGUUACUUUAAGAACCAUCGAUAAUUAUCAAGGUGAAGAAGCAAACAUAGUCAUCAUUUCUUUAGUUCGUAAUUUUUCCAAAUCUGAUAGGCUUGAUACGAUUGGAUUCUUAAAAAGCACGAAUCGAAGUAAUGUACUGCUGUCACGUGCACGAGAAGGGAUGUAUCUUUUGGGUAAUUCUGAAUUGAUGGAAACAAAAUCCAAAGAUAUGUGGGCUCCUGUAAUUAAUAUAUUACGAACACGAAAUCCUGCACAAAUUGGUUUUGGUAUGCCAAUUGCAUGUAAUAAACAUCCUAAAUACAAAAAUGUAAUUGUCGAACCCGAACAAUUUGAAUUAGUCAGUCCGACUGGGGGAUGUUUUGAGCUAUGUCGUGCAAAACUUCCCUGUGGACAUACAUGUACUUCUAUGUGUCAUACGGAUGAUCCUCAACAUCUUGGAACUAAAUGUCUGGAGCGUUGCCCGAGAUUACAUCCAGUAUGUAACCAUCCAUGUCCAAAGAUUUGUUAUGAAAAUUGCGGACUAUGUUAUUUUCCCAUUGGUGAUAUCAAAUUACUUGGUUGCGGACAUGUGUUAAAGAACGUUACGUGUUGGCAAUAUCAAAAAAAGGAUCUCAGAUGUUUAACUACGGUCAAAAAACAACUAAUCAGUUGUGAACACUCAAAAACCAUUUACUGUUACGAGUCUGUUGAAAAUGUCAAGUGUGAAAAGGAAUGCGGAGAAGUUUUGAAAUGUAAUCAUAGAUGCUCAAAUCAAUGUUUUCAAUGUCAAAAUCUUUCUAAACCACGUGAUGCUAAAACACGAGAUGAAGACGAGGUGGAUGACAAUAUCGUCCCUAUUGAACGAACAGUGCAUGGCAAAUGUAAACAAUUUUGUAAUAAAUUGUUAUUUUGCGGACAUAAAUGUGCGAAAUAUUGUCAUGAAGGGAGCGCAUGUCCACCUUGUAAUGAUAAAUGUAUAGUAACAUGCAAACAUGCAUCAUGUAACUUACGUUGUAUAGAACCUUGUUCUUUAUGUGCGAAAGAAUGUUCAUGGGAAUGCGAGCAUCAAGGAAGAUGUAAACUAAGUUGUGGAAUUCCUUGUAAUAAGUUGCCCUGCAAUGAAAGUUGUAACAAAAUGUUGGAAUGUGGGCAUAAUUGUGCAGGAGUUUGUGGCGAAAUAUGUCCUUCAAAAGAUUUUUGUAUUAUUUGUGCUCCUGAACAUGUUAAAAGACAAGUAUCAGAUGCAAUUAAGAAUAUUUCAUUCAGUAAGGUAGAUUGGAAAAAGAAAAGAAUGAUUGUUCUUUCUUGUGGACAUGUAUAUACCAUGGAAACCAUGGAUAUGCACAUGGGUAUGGAAGGUUAUUACGAAUGCGAAGGCGUAUUCGAGAGGAAUUGGACAUCAGUUAAAAUCCUUCCAGCAUCAACAGUAAAUGUCAAAGCGUGUCCAGAAUGUCGAACACCUAUUAAAAAUAUUAGGAGAUAUGGUAGAAUAAUUAACAAAUACAUCAUGGACGCACAAAACAAAAAAUUCCUAACAAAAUAUGAUAAUCAAUUAAGUAAUGUAACUAAACGAGUAAUUUCAUUGGAGGAUAUGAUGAAAAAUAAGAGGAAAUUAUUAUCCGCUUUAGGUCAUUUGCCUGCUGAGGAUACAAGAUUAAUAGAAAUUGUGUCUGAAGUACUUAUUGAUGAAUCCGAGAUUAUACCUCAUAAUUAUUAUAAAAAUGUUGAAAAAUAUCAUGGAUUUGAAAAAUUCAGUAAAAAAAUUUGGCUUGAUCAUGUUGAAGAAUUAUUAAAAUGUUAUAAAGAAUUAACCUUCAUACUUUAUGCCGCAAAAUCACCACCUCAUAUAAAAGCUUUUGAGGCCUCCACCACAAGUUUAUAUCAAAAUGCUGAUAGUCAUUUAAUCGAAUUAUCAAAUUCAAAGGCUUCUUCGAGUACUUUUUCGAAUAAAAUUUCAGACUCUUCAAAGUAUUUGCUAUCUCAAACUGGAAUUUCGAUAUCGAAGAUAGAUCGCAGAAUAUAUUUAGACACAUUUUUUGAAUUAGUCAACGUGCAAAAGUUCCUAUUCAAUGAGACUUUGUUUAUAAUUCAAGAAAUUUCUAAAGCGGAAAAACCAAUAGCUACAAGAAUUAAAAAUGUUUGGUAUAGAUUUGCUGAAAACUUACAAUUUUCUAUUCAAAAGCAUUUAAAUACCAUUAAAGAAGUGUCAAGAAAUGCUCGUUAUGGUAGACAUCUACUUUUGACCAAUGUAGAAAUUCUAGAAUUGGAGCUUAAUAAGAAUGUUUAUCAAUUAAAAUAUUCACCUAAUAGAAUUUCACCUCGGUUGAUUAGUAUGAAAAUAUGUAGAAAUGUAAGGAAGGAAAUCAUGAAUACAAGAUGUUAUGAAUAUAGUUUUGCAAAGGGAAUAUUUAAGAACGCUAUCGAUAUAAGAUUACAAAAAUUAUUGGAAGCCUGCAAUACAGUGGAAACUUCAAGUAUUGAAGGAAAAUUAGAAAUACAUCGUUUAAUGCAAAAUGAAUUUAUAAGUUCAGGACACUUAUAUGUAUGUUCUAAUGGUCAUCCGUACACGGUUGGAGAGAGUGAUUGUGUGCAAGUGAAAAUGCAAAUUCCAUGUCCAGAUUGUGAUGCAAAUAUUGAAAUUGGAAAUGAUACAAAAAAAGAAUCUAGUAAUUGUAGUAUAGUGUAA